CUUUCAAAGUUAUCGUGACGUGAGUACGCCAGAGCUUGUCCGCCAGCCGCAAGCGAAAACGUGUUUAAUACAACAACAAAAUUACACAACGGCAAUAGAUUUACGAAAAAAUAUAUAUAAAGUGCAGCAUAGAUGUGUUUUUAAAGUUAUCAACAAUUGGCGAGACAUUGAAAGUUCUUUGUUAAACUUUCUACGUCGCAGCCGUGCAAAUAUACCAAAAAGGGCAGAGAGAAAAAGCCAACUAGAAUGUAAAGGAAAAAAGUGCUGAGUGUAGCUGAAUUUGAGAAAUAGGCGAAAAGAUAUUUUAAUAAGUGAUAAUUUGAUAACAAAACGCAUUAGCAACACCAGCAAUAAUAACAACUGGAAUAACAUAAAUCAUAUGCGUACUUAAAUUGAAUGGGUAUGCAAAUGGGAGAGUGAAUCUGUGUAAGGGCGUGUGUGUGUGUACGUGUGCGUUUGCAAGUGUGUUUGUGUGCGCGCGCGGCCUGUAAAGAUGCGCGAAAAUGUCAAUUAAUUAACAACAACAGCAGCAACAAAAAUAACACAGGCAACAACCACAAACGGAGGUUAAAAGGUGCGAAUGAAGCGCAAGAAAAAGAAAAAUCAAUAGACAACAGAAUGCAAAAAUGUGUCGAUAUUCUUAUACAAGUAAAAAUCAAAGCAACGACGGCAGCGGCAAAACCUAAAUCAAAGCUAUUAAUAAAUAAUAUCGCUGCCGUUGCUGUUGCUGCUGCUGCUACUGCUGUUCUUGUUGCCUACGCAAAUGAUGCGUUGCAUGUGCGAAAUUGCGUAAUUGUUGGCAUUGAAAAGUUACUAAGGCCAAAACUCAAAGUUUACGUUUAGAACGAGCGCUUAUAGUUCACCACACUCRCUCGCUCGCUGUCACUCCAAUAACUCUACCGCGUUUACUCGCGUGUGCCUGUGUGUGUGUUGUAAAUUCCGGUCGCGUGUGCUCUCUCUCACUAGAUAUCUGUGUGUGAGAGAGGCUGUGCAUAGGCGGCAUGGCAGCCGCAACAGAUGGCUCUGCCAAGGCAGCAGCUGCGGCUGCUGCGUCUACGUCGCUACCAUUGACUGCAAAUGGCAACGGUAAAUCGCCAAAGCUCAAAAUCAAUUCUCCAACGUCAAACGCAGCCGCCUCAACUACGGCGUCCACYUCAUCCGGUCUGCCGGCGUCGGUGUCGCAUUUCUACUACAAGCACGGCUUAUUUUUAUCCAGUUAUCCGACAUGCGCCUCCAGCAUUGCCCUAAUGGCGAUUUUGCUGUCGUGCUAUCCACUCAUGAACAUACCUUUGCCCGGCACUAUACCCACCAAGAUCGUGUUACCUUACGAGGGGCGCUAUACUCCGCUCUUUACCGAAGCGGAUGCAGCCGCCCAAAACCAAAGUGGAGCCAGUGCAGCAUUCAAUGCAAGCAACAGCGGGGGCAACAGUGGCGGGGGAGGCGGAGGCGGCCUGCCCUGGGCGCAGAGCAGUCCGGCCUUCUAUGUGCAACAGAUAACGCUGCGAGCGAGCGUGUUGCCUUGGGCAGAUGAAAUGCAGCUGAUGGAUGCGUUCCGAGCGCCGCUUUCUGAAGUUUUUAAAUUGCUGGAAAUUGUGCGCAAUCAUCAGAGCAGCGAGAAUCAGCGCACAUUGGAGCAAAACUGUCUGCAUGUGGACAAUGUAAAGCGCGGUGCCCAGAGUCAAUUGGAUCAGAUCUUCCCUGAAUAUGGCUGCCUAUUGUUAUCCCCAGCGAAUCUAUGGACCCAGAAUGCCCAGAAUUUUACCAGAGAUACCAAUAUACUAAAUACCAUCUUUCAAUAUCAUAAUUUACAAAAAUCGAAAGUUUCUGCGGCGGAAAUGUUAUUCGGAUUGCCCAUGCAAGAUACGGGCUUCAAGCGGUAUCCUUUGCGAGCCCGCUCUCGCAUCAUACAAUAUGCCCUCACGCUGAUUCUCAAUAAGAACGAUCCAGAGUAUUUGGACACGCUGAAGGAGAAACUAUUGCGCUAUUAUCCACCAUUGAACGUGUCCCAAGCUAUGUCCCCAGAUGAGGAGGGUCCGACCAUCACGUACAUCUUUUAUCCAGGCGAAUUCAAAAUCUGGGAAUUUCUGCCACUAUCCGUGGCGUUUGUCUUAGUAUUCGUCUACGUCUACUUCUCUGUGCGAAAAAUGGAUGUGUUUCGAUCGCGAGUGUUGCUGGCUCUGUGCAGCGUGUUGACCACGUCCGGCAGCCUGGCCAUGUCGUUGGGCCUGUGCUUCUUCUUUGGGCUCACCAUAUCGCUGCAGUCCAAGGACAUAUUUCCAUAUCUGGUUAUAUUAGUGGGCCUGGAGAACAGCCUGGUUAUAACCAAGAGCGUAGUGUCCAUGGAUGGCACGUUCGAUGUGAAAAUCCGCGUAGCUCAAGCCUUGAGCAAGGAGGGAUGGCACAUAUCGAAGACGCUGCUCACAGAGAUCACCAUCCUGACCAUUGGACUGGCCACCUUUGUGCCGGUCAUACAGGAGUUUUGCGUAUUUGCGAUUGUCGGAUUACUUUCGGACUUCAUGCUGCAAAUGCUGCUCUUCUCCACCAUACUGGCCAUGAAUAUUAAGCGGGCGGAAUAUACCACGGAGGCCAAGCACUUGCCGAAGAUGAUGCUCAGCUGCACGCUGGGCAAUGGACAGGCUGGCGGUGGUUCGUUGGCUCGCCAGGAGUUUCGUUUCUUUGGCGCUGCACCGCCGCCGCCGUCGCCCAUGUCGCCCUUUGUGCCGGGCACCUUCCAACGGUCCCAGUCGCAUCCGAAGUUAUGUUUCGCGGAUGCUGGAGACCGUGCGCAGUUGGUCAAUGGACAUGCCACCCAUGCUGCACAGGAGGCACGCAUACCCAAACGCAUCAAGAUUGUUAAUUUCUGGGCACGUACGCGCUUUUUCCAGCGCGCCUUCAUGAUCUGGAUGAUCGUGUGGAUAUGCUCGAUCGUCUACAACUCGGGUUGUCUGGAGCAGCUGUUCAGCAUGCAAAAUAAUGGCUCGAUGAGCACCGCCUACGAGCUGCAGCGGCACUUGCAAGCGACACGUGGCGCUGUCAGCAGCUUCCUGAAAGGUUUUAAGCCAACAGGCGAGCGGUUGGGCAGCACGCCCAGCUACCUGCUGCCAACGACGGAGCAGCCCUUGCACGAUGUCAAUGAGACGGCGGCAGAGCUGCAGCGACUGCGCUAUCCCAACUUUGAGCUGAACUACUUCUUAUCCAACUUUCACUGGUCGACCAUUAUGAAACAGUACAAUGUCUCGCUGAGUGGACAAUAUGUUGCCCUGCUGCCGACCAUACGGUUGACGCAUGCCAUCUCCCCGGAGCUGGCAGCGUUAAUGCGUAAUCCACAGGAGCAACUGCAGCAGAACUUUCAAUGGAAGGCAUUGGCUGCUGCCCUGGAUCCACUGGACUUCAAUGACGACGAUGCCAGACGGGAAUCUCCAACGGUUAUGGCUGGAGGCACACCCCUUGUGCCAAAGAGUCCCAUGGAGAUAUUCUUUGCCGUGCUGCUCUGCUGUAUUAGCAUAUUCGUGCUGUGCUACACAAUGGUCGUGUUCUAUCGCUGCAUAUGCACGCGCAACUAUGCUGAGUGGCGCUCCAGCUGGCACGAGUCGGAGGUGCCCUACAAGGAGACCGAACACAUUCUGGAGGGUGUGCCCACACAAAUCGCUGGCCACAAGCAUCGCAUCGAGUGUUUGGCCUGUGACGGCAACUACAUCAUCAGCUGCUGCUUGAAGGGUCAAAUUCGGGUAUGGGAUGGACGAACUGGCCAGCAGCUGGCUAGCAUUGCGCGCAGCGAUAUGCAGAUCGCGCAUCCGCGACAGGAUGGGCAGACCCUGCUGCGCAAGCUGCCCACGUCGCCCGUCUGGUGCUUGGACUAUUUUGAUAAUCUCAUUGCCGUCGGCUGUGCCAAUGGGCGGGUCGAGCUGUGGGAGGUGCCAGCCGGUGUGCUGAAAUGCGCCUAUCAAGAGGAUGCGAAGCGUAAUCAGGGUAUUACGCACAUCCAUUUGAAUGGGGAUCGUGUUAUCGUGGCACGUCUGAAUGGACGUCUGGAUUUCUAUCGCCUGGAAACAUACUAUAAGGGCAAACAGAUCGAUUGGGGAUUUACUUCCGCCUACAGACGCACACAUGUGCGCACUGGCUCUACGGGCAGCAUCGGACUGAUGAUGCACCAACAGCAGCAUCAGCAGGAUGCAGCGCAGAAGACCACCAAGGAAGAAAUGAAAAUUACCUUAGAGGGCGUGCGCUUGGCACACCAGCAACCAAUUACAUGCAUGCAGGUUGUCAACGACAUGGUCUUCACGGGCAGUCAGGAUCAUACACUAAAGGUGUAUUGCCUGAACAAAUCGGAUAUGGAGUAUACACUGCAUGGACAUUGCGGUCCUGUGACCUGCCUCUUUGUUGAUCGCUGGCAGCCCGGCACGGGGGGCUCGGGCUCACAGGAUGGCCUGCUCUGUGUGUGGGACCUAUUCACGGGCGCCUGCAUGUACAAUAUACAGGCUCAUGAUGGAGCCGUCAGUUGCCUCGCCUGUGCGCCCAGCUAUGUGAUUUCGCUGGGCACUGAUGAGCGGAUUUGUGUUUGGGAACGCUUUCAGGGCAAUUUGCUGACGACCAUCAAAAUCUCGAAUGCUUAUUCGAGCUUGUUGAUGCUGACGCCCUCGUUGCUGGUCACCAGCAAGAUGGGGUCUCUCAUUGUGUGGGAUGUGCGCACGGGUCAGCCGGCGCGUGAGGUUAAGCUAGACUUUGCCAACCUGCAGAUGUGUCCAAAGUUUAUGAUGCUCGCCUGUGACUCCGUGGUCUGUGACUAUGGCAACGAGAUACGCGUUGUUCGCUUUCCCAUUGUGGCGGACAAGUGCCUCUAAGAAAACUAGAACAUGAAUUCGUGAAUUUAAAUUUGUAGCUCUUAACACGUCUCAGUUACCAAUUGCUCUCUGUUUGAUUUAAUCUUAAAACAAAUUGUAAUCUAACUGACGCAUUCAUUAAUUUAAUUUAUAUUCUUAAGGGUAAUCUUUAUCUCUAAUAGUGGCGUUGUGUUUAUUCCUUGAUAUCUAGCUAAAUAACUAGCAUAGCUCUAUUUUUUAAUGUAUGUAUGUACAACUAUUCUACAAAUAUCAUUGAAGG